AUGGUUAAAAAAACAGAAACAUAUCUGCCUUAUCCUUCCUCUGCAAGCCAAGGUGUUGCCUGCCCAGAUUCCUGGAUUGGAUACCUAGGGAAGUGUUUCUAUGUAUCAAAAGAAGAAAGGAAUUGGUCUCUCAGUUUAAGCAUCUGUUCUUCAUUUAAUGCCUCCUUGGCUGUGAUUGAUUCUCAGAAGGAAUUGGAUUUUUGGGUAGAAAUUCUCAAUCCGCUUCAUUAUUGGUUUGGUCUCUCAAGAGAGGUUAACCAGACUUGGAAGUGGUCCAAUGGCACAGAGUCUAAAAUUCUGUUUCCAGUGCGAGGAGAAGGCUUCUGUGCCUAUGUAAAUGGAAAAGGGGCCAGUAGUACCAUAUGCUCCAUGGAGAAAUAUUUUCUCUGCAGCCAGCCAGAAAGUUGUAGAACGGCUGGAUGAGACAAUCUCAUCAAACCAAGGUAGCGCUUGGCUUGACUAAUAUUC